CGCGAAGGAGGAAUCGACGUGAGGGCCGCCAUGGAGGAGUACGCUAGGGAGCCGUGCCCGUGGCGGAUCGUGGAUGACUGCGGAGGGGCCUUCACGAUGGGUGCCAUCGGGGGAGGCAUCUUUCAGUGCAUCAAGGGCUUCCGAAAUGCGCCUGUGGGUAUGAGGCAGAGAAUGCGAGGCAGUAUGAGUGCCAUGAAGCUGAGAGCUCCUCAGAUUGGAGGGAGCUUCGCAGUGUGGGGUGGCCUCUUCUCCACCAUCGACUGUGGGCUGGUGAAGCUGCGAGGCAAGGAGGACCCGUGGAACUCGAUCACCAGCGGAGCCCUGACGGGCGCCGUGCUUGCCUCCCGCAGUGGCCCGGUCGCCAUGGUGGGCUCAGCGGUGAUGGGAGGCGUCCUCCUUGCCCUCAUAGAAGGCGUUGGCAUUAUGCUCACCCGCUACACAGCACAACAGUACCAAAAUGGGCCUCCCCAGUUUGUAGAUGACCCUUCACAGCUGCCAUCAAAAGGAAGCUCGGAGCAAGAUCUGGGACGCUACGGGCAAUACCAGUGAACGCACCAUAGUCGCAGUCAAGAGACCGCCUGGAAUUCAGUGUUCAAGUCAAAAUAUCACGAACAUUACCGUUCAAGUUUGACAUUAAUUUAAAUGUUGUGUCUCAGUUAUAAAAGGUUGGUUGUGUUGCAAACUGUGAUUUCCUCAACGAUUCAGGUUUAUUCAUCGUUUCACAAGUUGAUUAUUUUCCAUCACUGGCUCAGGGCAAUCAAUGAAGACGAGCAGCUUCAUGGUUCACUUGAAUAGUGUGCAGUGCUCACCGUGAAUGUUACUUCAUAACGACUGUGAUUCAUGGUCUGGUCACAUGGGCUGCAAGAGAGUGUGCUGCCCUCUCUCCGCAUCACACGCAAACUACUGAGUUGCAGUGUCAUCCAGCGGUGGAACAAUCUUGUACUCUCUGGCAUGUGACAUCACAUAAUAACAAAAUUUGUUCAACAUUUCAAAAAAUUUUAGUGUUGGACAAAAUUUUUCCAAUAUUUGUUUCAUUCAAACUGUUACACUUUUUAGAUUUCACCCCUUUCAGUAUGUGCUAUAGAACAAUGGUCACUAUUUCAUUACACUAACAGUCAAACUUGAUUUUCUGAUCAGCCAAUGCACAAGAACCUGUACAUGAUCACACUGCAUUCAACAUUUCCUCAGAAAUAAAUUAAGACCGAUACUACUCGUGAUAUAGCGAUUAGGAAUUUCUGAGAAAAUAGAAAAGGCUAAUGUGAUGUUAUUGUCAUGAUGCUCAAGACAUGUUCAUGGCUUAUGGGAUAAAGGAAUGAGGGAAAUGUUGGUUUUAGAAACAGACCAACAUAGUGCUUUGCCUGCGAUAUUUGUGCUUGAUUGCUUAAAAGAACAAUCGUCACCCGAGUUCCUACUUGUGAAAACCCAACUUGUCAUUGCUGUUAUUGUGUUGUGUGAAGAGCUUGUGAGUCGCCACAGAAUAGAGCAAUAACCGUGCUGGUAGCUACGUACGGUGAGAAAGAAGUAAAAACAUAAACUGCAAUGGGAUUUUUUUCCAAAAAAAGUCAAAGAGAGAUUGUAAUCCUUUGAAUACAUUAAUAGUUUUAAAACAUUAAACAUAUCUUCUGUUUGAUUUCUAGACUAAGUUUCCACUUUUUUAUAAGCUAAAUCAGAUUGAAUUUGAGCCUCUAUUUGCAACUAGGUUGCUAACUCGUGAUUAAUUGUGAUCGUGUAAUGAGACUCCUUUCAAGAAACUACCACUUGCUUUCAUUUGAACUAGGAAUGUACCAAAUAGCACAUGUUACUAUUUAGCCAAAUAUCAGAUGGCAAGUUAUGUAUGUGGCCUAUUUGAAAUCUAUUUUUGUUUUGACUGGUAUCUCACUGUUUCUUUCUCUCACUGCCUGUCUCCAAGACCCCUUCUGUCUCUCACUUCCUCUGUCUCAAUCUUCAUCGAAUGGUCCUUUUCUCCAUCUUUGUCCCUCUUUGUGUUCAUCUCCCUUGGUGUCUCCGAUUCCCUCUGUUUCUUUGUCUAUCCCUCUGUCUCCAUGUCUUUAUAUCUGUCUCUGUGUCUUCAUUGCAGUUUCCCUAUAUCCUUCUGUCGCUAUGCCUCUGCCGUUUUCUCACUGUCUCAAUCUCUCUGUUUUAUUUAUCUAGACUUAAUGGUAGGGAUCAUUGUUUUCCCAACUCCUGUUCCCCAUGCUAACCUCCUCCCGUCGUUCUACCCCCACCAAAAACCUUGGUGUUUAUCAAGAGCAGCCCACCGUCCAAAAAUAAGGCUUUUCAUAUGUUUACUGAAAAAUUAAGUAUUCGGCCGAAGUUAAAAGAGAUGCAAAUAUUCAGGGCACCCGUACUUUUAAAAAUAGCUACUUUCAGUGGACUGUUUUCUGAUAUAUUAUCCCAUUAUCUAAUCUUAUGGCCAUGUGUUCAUUGUCUGCACUUGCCCUGGUCACUUAUGUUGCAGGGAAAUAUGCCUCCGGAUAAUAUUUUUUUAGAAUCCGAAUUCUACAGAUUUGCUCUUGUAAAUGUAACAUGUCCUCUCAUCUAUAGUUUCCAUAUAUUAAUAUUGUAAAAAAAAUCCUAUUUGUAUUCAAGGAAAUAUUUUAUUAUCGUUCGUACAACACACUACGAUUCAAAAGCCAAUAUUGGUGUUCAACACGAAUGAUGCAAAUGGCAAGCGUUUUCUCUCGUGCUCCGACAUUGACAAUGAUUUGUGUGCAUAUCAGAAUUGUGUAUACCUCGGUGUAUAUAAUGCAAACGUUGAGUAUUUUGCUGCUGUGUGGACUCUUGUCACGGUACUGCAACACUUGUGAGCGAGUGGUGAACUCACGAAUGGUUCGUUAACGCAUCAAAAGUACCGGUGCAAUGUGCUGUGUUUAAGCAGCCUAAAUGCACAUUUAUCUUGAAAAGCUGUUCAGAAAUAUACACAGGUUUUUUUCCCCCCCACCCAUGUAAUAU